UAGAAAAUUACACACAAAUUUACCAUGAUCUACUAUAGAUAAAGUGGCCAUGAUCUUAUGCAAAGUGGCCGUGCAUAAGUGAUAGCAUAGCGUCAUCUUAAGAUGCGUCACCAUGGCAGUUUUGCCAUGAUCACAACAUUAGUUUUUGGAAAUGACACACAAUCUAAUUGUUACCAUAACCUUUUUUUAAAUGACACAAUUUGCCAUGAUCCAGGGUAUGUUCCAAACUCAUGUGAUGCAUAACGACAACUUAAGAUGCAUCCCCAUGGCAAAUCGUGUGUUACUUUUUUAGGCUUGCAAUUUGUGUUUUCAAAGUCUUUCUUUUUUGGUUACUCUCCUUUUGCUGGCAGGUUAGGUGGAAAUUUCUAGGGUCGACCCAUAGCGAAUUGUCAUACUAUGUGCUUGGCUUUUUAGUUUUCAUUGAUUUUCAUAUAUCUUCUCUAGAUUUUCACAGAUUUUAUAUAGGGUUUAUGGCUUUUAUGGUCCAAGAAUUGUAUGUGUGUGCCUGUUUCAUGUGUCUAAUGCUAGAAUAGAUAUAUUAUUUUUAUAGAUUCACAACUGACAGUACCAUUCUUCUACUUUUAAAGAACAUAAUUAUGCUGCGGGAGAUAAACUAGUUAUGAAGAAUUUCAUGAUUACACCUGGAUCUAGCACUUCUCAAAUGGAGCAGAGAUCCUCUGAUCACAUUGUUCUUGAUGUAAAUGAUGAUAACAUAGAUAAUGGGCAAUGCCACCAUUUCUCCAUAAGUGGGUAUGUUCGUGAGAUGCAGAUGAAUGACUCAAAUUUCCGUUCACUAUUUGAUGACCACAUCAAUUCAUUGCUAGUUACUACAAAAACAUUUCGACGAUGGUAUUGCGAAAGCUGCAGGGAUAAAUUGGAACCAUUAUAUAAUAAUACCAGCACACCAGCUAGAAUGUUGAAUGGAUUUGCACGAGGACAACAUGACGUCCCCAAGGAAUUAUCGCAAGAGAAGGGUUCUGAGGGAUGUCGUUCACCUUCCUACAAUAUAGAAUCCAUGAAAGUAGAUCGAGUUGUAAAUGAUUCAUAUGAGUCAACACCGAUUAAUCAGAAGAACGGUGCUGCAAAAUGUCAUUCACCAGUGUUCAAAACCUACAAGAGAAGGAAGAACACCAAAGUGCACGAAGUUAUAAAUAAUAGUUCUUUUGUGGAAUAUCAAGAUACCUCUGGCAUGGCUUCAACUUUUGCCCAUGCAUUACCGUCUUCGAGCAGUUAUAAGUCGGAAAAGGCAGCACAAAUAAGUAUUGAACCCCGGAACCAGAGUGCAUUAAAUCUGAUCCAGGUAAAUGGUUCCCGAUCCAUAUUAGAAACAAAGGCAGGAAAUAUGUUUGAUCCAAGAAUGUCAGGACCUUCGACGGGUUACUAUACAAGUGACCAUAUGCAGGGAAGACAUCUUCAUGGAUCAGUAGACUUGUGGAAGCACACAUGCUUCACACAAUGUGAAGCGUCUACAGGGAACAUGCCAAGCCGUUGUCUACUUCCUAAUUCAUACCAUUUGCAUGAUCAGUAUGAUGUAGAAAAUUUCAUAUGGUACAGAGACAGCAACAUCAUCAAUGAAAGUUGUGCACCGACCAUGGAUAUUUCUGCAAAGUAUCAACAUCCACAUUGUCCCAGUAAACCAUUUCGCCCUGUUCCUAGGAUUGGUGUGCUCAGUCCCAUGUUGCAGAAAGAAGUCACAACAUAUUCGGAGAGCUGCGGAACACAGUCUGGCUACCGACUAGGCAUGUCUGAGGAGGAAAUGCCUUGCCAGAUGUACAGAGGGGAAAACUCGGCAUCAAGCUCACAAAAAUUCCGGGCAACGUACAACCCCCAACAUUUGGGUCAUGUCAACUCUGUUGGAAUACCAGAACUUCUGCCGGAGAGGGAGAAUUCACAUUCAAGCAAAGGCAAAAGCAAAAUGGUAUAUUCUUCGGACAAAUCUGCACAACAGGAUAUAUGUGCUCAGGCUCUGUCUCUCUCUGGUGUGGCCACAAAUGCUGCAACUCGUGGAAGGAGUUGAAAGUUACAUGAUGAAGGCAUGUAACCUUGCAUGUGCCUUAACGUGUCAAGUGCAUAAUCUUUUUUGUUUGAAAGCGCAUACAUGUUUUUGGUUGUCUUGUCAAGUUGUGUGGAAGGAGUUGGAUUAUCACCAUAGUAUGAGUUGGUUGUCUUGUACUCUAUAAUGUUUUGACAUGUAAUGUCUCGGAGUCGGGUACCAAACGUGGGUCGUUGAAUAAGUGUAAUUUGUACACCUGUGAAUUGAUGUUUUUUCAUCCUUCCAAGACUCUAUAUUCCACCUGAUAUUUUGUUAA